AUGACAACGCAGUCUUACCAUUCUAUGUCACUUGUGGAAAGGAAAAAGCAGCAGUGGGCUAGAGAAAGGGAAGAACUGGCAAACCUUGGUGUUCCAUUCAGACAAUACAGUCAAAGUUCAGGAAAUUCAGACAGAUCUCAUUAUGGAUCAAAACCAUCGCUAACCCAAAAAGAACCGCCACCCUCUGAAACAUACCAAAGAACCUCUACAGAACGUCGAAGCAGCUUACCACCACUCUACCAAAACCAAUACAACUCGAACUACGAUUUCAAACAUGAUAAAACUGAUCGAGGAGGUGAAACUUCUGGAUACGGUAGCGACAGCUACCCAACUCCAGAAUACAAAAAGCAAAAUCUUCCACCUGCUGGCAAUAAUAGUCAGUGGCCUGGAGGCAACUAUCAAAGCGGAUACGAGUCUUCAUCCAGUUGUCGAGACGAUCGUCCAAGAUGGGGCGACAAAGGAGUGGGGGUAGGCAAAUUCUGGCAACCCAAAGAAGAACCUUACGACCAGUCCACCAAUGAUCCACCCAAUUGGGUUAAACGCGGCCUCGAAGCAGAUGGCGCUAUUGUUGUUGCCAAUUCUUCCCCAUCAGUUUCACCCGAACAACGUUACGAGGAAAAUGACAGACCUUGUACUGGAUCCAGUUUCUCACAUCAACACAAAACUUACAUUCGAGGCCAAAACAUCCCAAUCGACUCUGUGGAACUGGCACAAAGAGAACGCCGAAGACAGUUAGCUCUAGCCCACCAAGAAGCCAUAAGACAACAGUUGGAGGAGCGAGAAAAGAAGCGUCAAGAGGAACGUGCAAGAAGGAUCCGUGAAGAACGCGAAGAAGAGUUGAGAAUUGAAAGAGAACAAGAAUUUGAGCGACGGCGUAAGUUGGAAGAGGAACGAGCAAUUCAAGAGAAACUAGAACGAGAGCGUAAAAGAAAGGAAGCUAUCAAGCAGGCUCUAGAAAUUGCGGAAAAAGAAGCAAAACUGGAAAAAAUUAAAUUGAGAAUGAUGAAGCAAAGCAAUGGAUCGAAUUCUGAGCUAAAUAACAUUACAGAAAAUAUCGUAGAGAAACCUAAAUUGCCUGCUAGUGAAGUAAAUGAAAAUGUUGAAGAAAAACUAAACAACACAAAAGACAUUUCACUGACGCCCAAAAAAGACAACAUUACCAAAGAAAUUAACAAUAAUUUAAGCGAACCACCGGAAAUUAUGCCAAAUCCAUCAGUAUCACCGUCAAAAAGCACCACAAGUUUACAUAGCUCAGUAAUCAAUAAUAACCAAGAAAGAAGCCUUACUCCUAUAAUGCAAUCACCAAGAAAUAAUCAGUUCACCUAUUUUUUCCAACCAACUCUGGACACUCUCCAAAACAUCCAAUAUGCAGUCCUUAUUCCAUCUGCUCAAUACCCCGUAGCUCUACCUGUAAGUGAAAUAAACAGCGUCCUAAAUUCUGCCAGAACAGAAAACAGAAUCCUAACUCCAACACGUUAUAGAAAUAAUGUAAGCAAAUGCGACAGCAGCACCCAAACUGAUUCGCUUAAUUCUGCAAGAUCUUCUUCCGAAACAGGAGAGAAAUAUUUAAGAGACAAAAUGUCAAAUAUGGAUUUGAGUUAUGAGAAUAAACGAAGAGACAGGCGAAGUCGUAGUGAAAGUAUGGACGAAAGACCUAAAUGGGGUGUGAAUAGGCCUCCAACACGAUAUAUGAAACAGAGCGAAAAAGACCCACUUUAUCAAAGAAGAAAGUUAAGGCAAAAGCGAGAUAACGCUAAUAAGAGUUAUGAUGAGAAAAAUUCCAGUGAUGAUAGUCAUAUAGGAACUCCUGUAAGAUAUAGAAAAAAAGAUGUAGUUGAUAAAAGACAUUCUAGAGCUAGAUGGAGAACUGAAGAAAGAAUGUUUAAUGGAAACCUUAAAAUGUACCAAAGAGAAAUAGCUCCUUUAGAAAGCGACAGAGAUCAUUUGUAUGUAAAAUGUUGCUGCAAUUGUAGACGUCAUAAAGUGGAUAUUUUAAAAAUCGAAGAAAAUAGUCCCAGAGAUUCAUUAGAAAGAAAAAAUUCCUUACCAGAAUUCGAUACAACCAAUGACCAUAGGGUUGAUUUAUUAUCAAAACUAUCAACAUUACAUAAUGGACUUUUAUUGGAACAAGAAAAAUGGGAAAAUAGUCCUCAAACUCCAACCUUAUUAUCACCUCGUCAUAGAACUUAG